CGGUAGAGCUGCAGACCCGUUCCUGACUUGAUCAAUCCUCUCGCCACUCCUAGUGGUCUUCCUACCCAGGGAAGAGAGGCCACGGAGUGUGGAGUCACACUGGGCGCUGAUCCCUGGCGUACCUGUUAAUUCUCUGCGAAGUCCCGCCUCUAUGCUAGUUCCACUGGGAUAAUUUGUCCACCUGGGAGUCCUGGCCGCCAGAAUCCGCUCCCUGUGCUGGUGACGGGGGCCUGUUACGCGCACCUCGCAGCGGCCCCACAGCCCCGCCCCCAUGCUAUUAAUAAUAAGCUCGAGCCCCUCCCGCGCACCUCCCGGGGCCCCGCGAGCCUCGUCCCUAUGCUAAUAAGCGCGAGACCCUCCGGCGCACCUCACCACGGCCCCGCCCCCUAUGCUAAUGAGCUGCCGCCUCUCCCACAAGGCAGCGCGCCGGCCGACGCGGCCGGCUCAGGAGCUCUUUGUGAGGGCGGUCGGCUGAGCCAGACCAGCAGCACCAUGAACGGCUCAGGCGGCGCGUCGGCGGCGUCCGUCAGCUCCGCGCCGCCCGCGCAGGAGGAGGGCAUGACGUGGUGGUACCGCUGGCUGUGUCGCCUGUCGGGGGUGCUGGGGGCCUUCUCUUGCGCCGUCUCCGGCCUCUUCAACUGCAUCACCAUUCAUCCUCUGAACAUCGCGGCUGGCGUGUGGAUGAUGAUGGCCGUCGUCCCCAUCGUCAUCAGCCUGACGCUGACCACACUGCUGGGCAAUGCCAUUGCCUUCGCCACCGGAGUGCUGUACGGACUCUCCGCUCUGGGCAAAAAAGGCGAUGCGAUCUCCUACGCCAGGAUCCAGCAGCAGAAGCAGCAGGCAGAUGAGGAGAAGCUUGCAGAGACCCUGGAGGGGGAGCUGUGACACAGGUCCAGGUGACCCGCCCCACAUCCUCGCCCCCCUGGUUCUGUGUGAGCAUGGUCAGCAGGGACGGGGCCUGAGGCAUUGACCUGAGGGACAGUCUGGAAGAGGAGCCUGUGCCUGGCCCCCAGCAGCUUCUCUCCACCUGGCCCCAUACCUGGAGUCUUCCUGUCUGCCUCUCUCUCCAGACUGGCAUCUCCUGGCCUGGGCGGGUGCUGAGGUGCUGGGGCGAGGGCUCUGAGGGCCUGGCCAGCAGCGAGGACAUGGGCAGGACGAGCCUCGGGGGUGACCCGGGCCGUAGGACUUGAGGCGGAGCAGAGCCUGCAGCAGCUCUGCUCACGGCUCACCUCGCCCCGUAGCCCCCGACUGGCUCCGGGUGGAUUUCCAGACUUCUACAGCGGGCAGAGCCAUCAGGGACCCACUGAACGCCUGGGAGGAGCUUCCUGGAGACGCCGGUCCUGUCUCCAGGUGGGACAUCGGCCAGAAGGAGCCUCCUCUCGUGUGUCCAGGCAGGAGAGUCUCCUACAGGCUGAGCCAACUGGGCUCUCCUGUCCACCUGCCAUCAGGGCCGAGGGUGGGGCAGGGCAGUGUCCUGAGGGCUAUCUGCUGCUGCCCAUGGCCCCCCAGCCACUCUGUCCUCUGUGGGAGGCCACAGUGCUCCCAAGAUGCUCCUUGAGUCCCAGACAGCUGGGUGGGAGCGCUCCCGCCACCAGUUCCCUGGAACCUGGGACAGUCCAUUUCGGAAUACUCCCCACGGGCCUGGCCUGGGCCCCCAGGUUCUUCCCGUUCCUCCCCUCCCCCCGGGCCCUGGUGCUAAAGAAGUGGGGAGCGCCUGCUCUCCAGGGGGGCCACUGCCUACCUCUCUAGUGUGAUCCCGCCCCGGUGAGUGGUGGUCCCGAGCCUUAGUAGGGCUGAGCUUGACCACCUCCAGUAUUCCCGCAGGCCCGCCCCCAGCCCUGCCCCCAGGGAGCUUCCUGCCUUUUGAGAGCUGAGCAGGGACUGCCCUGGGUGUCAGACCACCAGAGAGCAAGGCCUGGGGGCCGGGGCAGGGAGCGUGGCGAGCUGGUGCCCUGGAACAUGACUCCUGGGACUUGCGCCCUCGUCCCCUCCAAGGCUCCCUCCAUGCCCGUCCCUUGCUUCUGCCCCAUGACCGCAGCCCGCUGGCCGCUCUGAUUGCUGGGCUGGCCCUUAGCCGUUGGGCAUGUCUGACAGGGCCUGGUGAGCCCGGCAGUGCCGGGCUGGUGUGGGAAAUGCCGCGCCUGGGCCCAGCUCCCGCUCUUCCUCCGUCUGGGCCUGUUCACGCUCCCAGAGCUCAGGGUCCCCUCCUGCUAUGUGGAAGGUCUUGGCUUCCCAGAGGGACCUUUCAUCCCCAUUUGAGGCUGGGAGCGGCAGGCACUGGCCAGGGACACAUCAGCGGGCUUCUCAUCUACAGCGCCCCCCAGCAGCCCUCCAGGGAGCCUGACCAGGCUGAGCUCCAGAGUGGCAGGGAACACUGUAGUGUGGCUGGCAUGGUGGGACAUGUGCCUUCAGGGGUCCUCUGGGACCACCUUCCUCAGGCCAGUGCUGGGUUCAAAGGGCAGUGGGCUCCAGGCCUCUCCAGGCUGGUGGGGGUGCGUGUGCGUGUGCGUGUGCGUGUGCGUCUUCUCCCAAGUGUGCCGUGAAUCAAGACCUGUCUACCUCCCAGGAGGAGCGAGGGCCCUACCACCCCCCUGGGCCCAUUCUUAUCCAGGAAGGGGGAGUCGGGUCACUUCUGCCCAGCCCUCCUGCCCCUGCCACGGGGGCCUCGCUGACGGGGGUGCCCUUGCUGCAGGAGGAGGGGUUUGCUGUGUGUGUCAAGGACGGUUGCACUUCUCCCGGUGAGGAAACAGUGGGUGCUGGGCGGGCCGUAGAGUUGGACGCAGAGGUGGAAGGGCCCUCCAGCCCCUGUCACAGGCCAGAGGGGUCAGGUCACUUGCCCGAGGCUCUCAGUGAGUCUGGCAGGAGCGGCCUUGGAGCUGGUGACUCUGUCUCCUAGUGGGAGCCCCACCUUGCAAGAAACAUCUGUCCAGGUGGCUGAGGAGGCCAGGCCUGCUGGGCCACCAGGGCCCUCCUGCCUCCGUGUUUCUGGACUGUUUCUUGUGGUCCUUGUUUACUCUUGGUGUUUAGCUUGAACGAUGAGCAAUAAAGCCUGGCGGCCGUUUGUAUGCUCGCCCACA